AUGAUUUAUGGAAGAGCUGUCCCGUCUCCUUUGUCAAACAAUGCCAUAUCACAAGCUUUGGUUCUGUUUGGUGCCCCUAAGGAAGGCAUUGAGAUUUUUCAUGAAAAUAAAAUGACAAAUACUGAAGGGGUGAAUAAAGGCAUUUACUUUAGCUAUCCAUGUCGACGUCAAAGCUGUGCUUUAGUAAACAUCCCAGCACCAUGUGUCAACAAAAUGAUUUCACACAUUGAAGAUUUGGAAUCUAAAAUACAAGAGCAUUUGAAACGGUUUGAAACUUCUCUUGAGGAAUGGAGCAGAACUUCAUCCACACAAGACCAGAAGGAAGAUUGGAGUGUUACUACACCAGUGAAAGAGGUUAAACCAGAAGAGAGAGAUGAAAAGUGUCCAGAAUUAAAGCAGGAAAUGGAAACAUUGCUAUCAGAGGCCAUUCAUCUCAUUAAAAGUCUAGAAACUGACCGUGCAGAAGCUGAAGAAGCUUUAAAACAACAAAAAUCAAGAAAGAAGAAGAUGCACUUGAAAAUUGAUUCUUGGUCAAUCUGGAGACUUCAAGAAAUCCCAUUAGCUGUGCAGAAAGAACAUGAGGCCUAUUUGAGAGAUAUUGCAGAAUUACGAUGGCAUCUUGAAGAUAAAGCUUAUCAACUAAAACAUUUUGAGGAACAAAAGGCAAAAUUAGAAGAAGCUAAUGCAAAGCUUCAAGCAGACAUAGACUACAUGAAUAAACUUGGUCCUCUAAUUAACUCAAAACAGAACCAAGAACUUGAAGCUCUGAAAGAAUUUUAUACAAAAAAAUUUGAGGUAAUGGAGUUAUACAAACAAAUUCAUGAAGAACUUGAAGAAGCUAUAGAAGAUGUUGAAAAUGCCAAAUUGAAUGCUAAACAAAUUAGACAAGACAUAGAGCAAGACAUUCAUAGUGAUGAAACAAGCAUAGAAGCCUACAAGAGAGAGAGAGAGAAACUUGACAAUCUAUAUAGUCACUACUCUAUAGCAAUAGAAAAUGUUAAUGUUAGUAUUGAGGAGAAUGAAGAAGCAGUGAGUGAAGCAUUGAAGGAAACAAAGACAUCAACAGAGGAAUUAUCUGCUUUAUCAAAAACGAUUCUUAUUAGCUCUUCAAAUGGAAAUGAAAAUAUAAAGAAAAAAGCAGAGUUUGAGUCUGAAAUCCAAUCUUUGAUGAAACUAAGGUCAAAAAAUGAUGAAUUUCUUAAACAAUUAUACAGGGAAGCUUAUCAGCUUGGUGCUGUUUUCCACCUAACCAAAUUUAAAACAGAGGAAUUAGAAGAGAAAAUAGCAGAAGUGAGAAGAAAAUUCAAGGGUAGAGAAGAAUUCUUGAAAAAACUCACACGAGGUGAAGUGGCUAAUGGAAUGAUGAUUCAGAAAAGACUGUAUACCAUUCACGAAGAACAGAUACUUGAGAGGCGGGAACUUUUGGAAAAGAAAGCAAUGUGUGCCCUGGCGCUGGCAGAGCUAGAGGCAUCUCUGCUUGAACUAGAAGAAGACGCUAUAAGAAUCAGAACUAUCCACAAAGAACAUUCUGAUAUAUUAAAUGAUAUAACUGAGAGGAGAGACGAUGUUAAAAGAAAUGUGGAAAGAACUAAGCAAAAAUUACGAAGAAGGGGGAAGAAAACCCGUGAGGCAAUAACAGAAACUGAAGAAAAAUGCUCAAUAACUUUUAGAGAAAUAGAGAACACUAAAAGUAAAACAAUUAUUUAUCAUGCAAAAAUAAAUCAGUUGAAUAAGAACUUAAAAGAAAAAGAGAAAGAAAAUAUUACUUUUGCUCAGACACUUGGGAAUUUAAAAAAUGAAUUUUUAACCAUGAGAUAUAAAAGGGAGCAUGCACAAGCUGUAUUUGAUCAUCUCGUAAGUGAGAAAAAAAUCUAUGAAGAGAGACUCUAUGAGGAAGAACAGAGAUAUCGAACACUCAUUACCAUGAGGCAAAAAACUCUGGCAGAUAUUAAAAAAAUACAAGAUGAUUCUCUAGAAGAAAAUCUACGUUUAGCUCAAGAAUAUCAAAAAUUACAGACUAUUUUCUUAACAGAAAAGGACAAUUAUUUCAAUCUAUAUGAUAGACAGUUAUCACUUGAUGCUUCAAUUCGAGAUAAGAAACAGCUCUGUCAGCUGCAAAGAAGGAUACACAAGGUGUGGCAGAAGCACUUCAAACUGGUGGUCCUCUACAGCCAGAUGAGGCUGGCCAAGUUCCAGACAGACUCUCAGGAGAGUAUUCAGAAAAUAUUAGCUGUGCAGGAGGAAUCUUCAAAUUUAAUGCAACACAUCUUAGAUUUCUUCCAGACUUUGACAGAUGGCUCAUGUAAAAACGAUGGUUAA